GUUAUGUCUGCCGCGAAACGCGACCAGCUUAUGUUAGUUCGUUAGAAACGUGCGGAUCGUAAACAUGUUGUAGUGUCGCACCGACGAUUGGAAACAACGUGCAUAUCUCCACUUGCAAACCGGGAAACAUUUUAAUACGGAUAUUGGGGAUAAUUGAUAUAAAUUAAAUUGAAUAUGGCAUUUAUCCAAUUUUUGUUGGCGACAUUAUUUUGCGUCGCCACGUGCGAAAUCUACAAAGGUGGUAUAUUAUAUCCCAAGGAAUCGGAAACUAGGGAAGUUUUGUCUUUGGAUGGACUGUGGAAUUUCGCUUUGCCUGAAAAUUCCAGGCCGUUUGAAGGAUUCGAGGACCACUGGUACAAGAAAAGUUUAAAAAGUCUAAUUGGAAAAGAUGUACAAUUGAUGCCAGUACCUUCGAGCUACAACGAUAUAACGACGGAUGCGAACCUGAGAGACUAUGUUGGGCUGGUGUGGUACGACCGAAACUUCUUCGUUCCGCAACACUGGUCGAAUAUCGGAAGAGUUUGGAUAAGAUUCGAAUCGGUCUCUUAUGCUGCCCAAGUGUGGAUUAACGGCCAAUUAGUCAUGAGUCAUGAAAUUGGACAUUUGCCAUUCCACACUGAAAUAACGAAUUAUCUUAAGUACGGGAAGGAAAACCGUGUGACUGUGGCCUGCGAUAAUACUCUGCUCGCAGAUACGAUUCCGCAAGGAAAAGUCGGUGAAUUAGACACUGGCCGAUUAAUCCAAACCUACACGUUUGACUUCUUCAAUUACGCUGGAAUCCAUAGGCCAGUUAAACUUUACACCACACCAAAGAGUUAUAUCGAUGACAUAUCUGUUGAAUCUUUCAUAAGAGACAAUAAAGCAUGGUUGGAAUACAACGUCACCCUGAUAAACGCCCAAAACAUGUCGUGCAGAGUAAGCCUGGUUGACAAGACAAACAAGAUCGUAGCCACCAAUUUGGACAGUGAAACUCAAGGAAUAUUAAGAGUGGAUUCCCCAAAUUUGUGGUGGCCUUACCUUAUGCAUCCUGAACCAGGCUAUUUAUAUAACUUUCAAGUGGAGCUCUACGAUGAUCAUUGCGGACAACUGAUAGAUAAAUACGUCCAGCGAGUAGGUUUAAGAAGUAUCAGCUGGACUAAUACUUCUUUACUUAUUAACAACCAUCCGGUGUAUUUACACGGUUUCGGUAGGCAUGAGGACUCCGACAUUCGAGGAAAAGGUUUAGAUCUACCGUUGAUUAUAAGAGAUUACAAUUUAAUCAAAUGGGUUGGAGCCAAUGCUUACAGAACGUCCCACUAUCCUUAUGCUGAAGAGAUCAUGGAUCUCGCUGAUGAAUAUGGAAUCAUGAUCAUUGACGAAUGUUCUGCUGUUAAUACAGAGUUCUUCUUGGAAACGCUGCUGGCUAAACACAAAAUUUCGUUAUCGGAAUUAAUCAAAAGAGACAAGAACAGACCUAGUGUAAUCAUGUGGUCAGUUUCUAACGAACCUAGGACUCAAUAUGCUCAAGCUAAAGACUAUUUUAGACAAGUUAUAGAACAUGUAAAGACUUUGGAUAGAUCUCGACCAACAACAAUUGUAGAGGCGCAAAGUGCAAGUGUGGUACAAUCGUCCCAAUAUGUUGACAUUAUAAGUUUUAACCGAUACAAUGGUUGGUAUAGUAAUGGCGGAAACUUAGAUGUCAUCCCAACUUAUGUGAUUCAAGAGGCUAGACAAUGGCAUGAAAAAUUCAAAAAACCAGUUAUCAUCCAGGAAUAUGGAGGCGAUACUUUGGAAGGCUUACAUUUUACACCCAGUUAUAUUUGGUCCGAGGAAUAUCAGGUGGAAUUGAUGUCCAAACAUUUCCAGGCUUUUGAUGCUUUAAGAAAGGAAAAUUUCUUUAUAGGGGAAUUCAUAUGGAAUUUCGCCGACUUCAAAACUGCCCAGACUUACACCAGAGUCGGUGGAAACAAAAAAGGCAUCUUCACUAGAAACAGACAGCCCAAAGCCAGUGCUCAUCAUUUAAGAAGAAGAUAUUGGGCUUUAGCUAAAGAGUACAACAGCAACGUUACACUGCCAUCAGAUCUCGAUAAUUAUAUUAUUUCAACCCAUGACGAACUGUGAUAUUAAAAACUAAUAGCAAAUUGUUUUAAAAUAAUUAUUAAAAUUUUAAGUACAAAACGUUUAACCUCUAUUAAAGGACCUAAUUAAAGCACA